AUGCCGGGGACGAACCAAACCACGACACGAAGCGUCCGAGGCGUAGGGCUUCCACAACAGACCGAAGCACGGACUGAACCUGAUAAGGAGAACCUCAUUGAGGAUUGGUUGGAUGAGUCCAGCUGCUUUCGGAGAACAUCGGCAGAAAACGAACCCCCCGUUCUGGAGGCACUGGUAAACAUGCCCCGCAGCCCUCCCAUUUUCCUUACUUCGCCAGGUAACAGCCUCGAAAGCACGAUAUCCACGUCCAGAAAGUCCGAGGCAGCCUUCACCGAGAACCAGGAACGCAAAUCGAAUCUCCUCGUCGACGUUCAGUUCGGCCGAGAUUUCGCCGUCCCGGACCAGGAGACUCAAUUUUCGUUCCCGGAGAUCGAGUUCAGGUCGCAGGCCACAAAUGGAACCCAUGAUAUCGCAACGGAUCAGGCUGCAGGUACUGGUGCCAUCGCGUUGAGCGGCAAUCUGGAACUGAUACGGCGCAGCUUCGGAUUGGAAUUCUUCGACUAUGAAGGACCGUUAUACUUCUCGAUCAGUAUGGACAACGAGCUAGCUCGAAUAAAUGUACACUGGCUGCGAGCCGCGGCUGAAGGAGGACAACACAGCUUCCAUAUCGAAGGGCUGUCAAAACAUCUUCAAAAUGACGCAAAUGGCAUCCGAGCGAUUCCCGAGCUACCAAGAACAUUCUUGACAACGGUGCCGACGCCCGACUGCGAACACUCUGUGGAGGACUGGGUGAAUACCGCGAGGUGGUUAUUUGCAACAGCCGGGUUUCAGUUGAACUCGAUGUUGACUUUGCCGAUUGCGCUGCACACCGACGGUCAUUUUGAGUAG